AUGAAAUUAACUAAUAGAUUAACUGUACUUUGUAUUCAAAGAUUUAAUAACUGUAUUUGUAUUUAUUUUAAUGUUUAG